UUGAAAUUCUUUUACACGACUCCGGAAGUGUAAACCUUUCGGAAGUGUGGAGGUUCAGCUGCAGGGUGAAUCUGGUCAUGGCUGUGGACUGGGCUGGAUUCAGUUAUGCUGCUCUGGUGACAGCAGGAGGAAUCAUUGGUUAUUUGAAAGCAGGCAGCGUCACCUCUCUGGCAGCUGGGCUCCUGUUUGGCCUGUUGGCUGCAGUCGGUGCUUAUCUGGCAUCUCAAAAUCCCAAGAAUGUCUGGCUUUCACUAGGCACCUCAGGAACUCUGGCUGUGCUGAUGGGCCUAAGAUUCCUUAGCUCGUGGAAGUUCAUGCCAGCUGGUUUAAUGACUUUAGCCAGUGGACUGAUGCUGGCAAAGAUCAUAACUGGGAUGAUAAAGAGACCACACAAAUCUUGAAAAUACUUAAAUGUAUUGUCUCUGUAAAUAUUUUGAACAUGAAUAAUAUAACAUUCCCCUCUGUGUAGUUUUGUAUCACGGUCUUCUGUAAAAGCAAUUUAUUUUAUACCUGAUUUUAUAGAAAAAUGUUCUAGGACAACAAAACUGAUGAAAGGAAAAUGUAUCUUUUCUGACGUUCGAAAAAAAAGUGAUUGUUAUAAUUAAAUUAUGAUUUUGUAAAAUGUA